AUGGGCCAUUUCCCUGGGCCAAAGUUCUAUGCCUUUACGCGCCUACCGUACCUCACUGCCAUGGCGAAAGGUGAACUACCACGACACGUUGCCCAGCUCCACGCGCAAUACGGAGAAGUAGUGCGCCUCGCGCCUGAUGAACUCAGCUUCACCAAUCCAAAAGCUUGGCGCGACAUCUACGGCUAUGGGUCGAAGGAAGGCCCAGGCUCGGCGCCGCCCAAAAAUUGGAAUCGCCGGGGAAGUUCUCCUAAUGGAGCCAACUCACUUGUCGCAGAGCAAGACAAUGCCGAGCAUGCACGGAUUCGCAGAAUUUUCUCUCCCGCGUUCUCUGACCGAGCGCUCGUACAGCAGUCACCAUUAUUCAUCAAGUACGCUGAUCAACUUAUCCGCAACUUGAGAGAAAGUGUCCAGGCGAACGCGGUCGAUAUCGUCCAGAUGUACAACUUCACCACUUUCGACAUCAUGGCCGACCUAACAUUUGGCGAAUCUCUACACCUGCUCGAUAACGCAGAGUACAACACCUGGACUCAGGUCAUCUUUAAAAGCAUCAAGCGCGGUACGCUAAUGACCAUCUUCUUCUACUACCCGCUCGCCAAGUUUAUGCUAUUUACAUUGUUGGGUAAGAAGAUUGCGACAUUUCGGAGGGAGCAUCACAACUACACUGUCGAAAGGGUCACUAAGCGACUUGAAAAGGGACGAGUAUUCGAGGGCGUCGAUCUGUGGGACCUGGUUCUCCAACAAGAAGACAAGGGUAAAGCGGGCCUGACCCGCCCUGUCAUGGACAUGAACGGCGAGUUAUUCAUGUUAGCUGGCACGGAAACGACGGCGACGUUGCUCAGUGGACUCACCUACUUGCUUCUGGCGCACCCUGAAGUGAUGGCGAAGCUUGUGGAUGAGAUUCGGACGGAAUUUAACUCAUCAGACGACAUAAGUAUGGAAAUCACCGCUGGUUUACCAUACCUGAAUGCGUGCAUCAAGGAAGCGUUCAGACACUAUCCUCCUGUACCGAUUGGUUUGCCACAUCUCACUCCUGCUGAAGGUUCGACUAUCUGUGAAUACUACAUUCCUCCGAACACGAAUGUCGCAGCCUCGCAUUUGGCAAUGUACAGCUCCUCCGACAACUUUAGACUCCCCGAACGUUUCAUCCCCGAGCGCUGGCUCGGCGACCCACGCUUCGUCUCCGAUAAAUGCUCAGCUCUCCAGCCGUUCCAUGUAGGUCCAAGGGACUGCCUAGGCAAGAACAUGGCCCUCCACGAAAUGCGCCUCAUUAUCAGCAAAGUACUCUUUAACUUCAAUCUAGAAUUGCUCCCCGAAUGUCGGGAUUGGAUCGCGGAUCAGAAGAUAUACUCUUUGUGGGAAAAGACACAAUUAAUGGUUAAGAUCAAGGAUGCAGUAGUUGUUUCGACGUAA